UAAUAAUCACAACUAAUUAACUCUGGAAUUAGCUGCCUAAUCACCAUUACCAACACUAAUUAACCCCGAUUAAUUAACGAGAAAACAAAACGCCGUGGAUCCCAACUGGGGGAUCUUUCCAGUUAAAAACUCCGGGAAAAGGGCGGGAAGCUCAUCCCGAGGCGCGGAUUUCGGGAUUUCGGGAUUUGGGGAUUUUGGGAUUUGGGGAUUUCGGGAUUUGGGAGGCUCCGGAAUAACCCCGGGGAUUAUCGGGAUCCGCCCUUCCCUAUUUUUAGAGCCGUGAGAGGAUCAGCGGGAUCAGGAUUCCGUCGCCUCGGCCGCGAUUCCGACGCUCGGCCCUUUUCCUGCCCGGAGAGGCCGGGGAAACGCCGGAACGCCGGGAUACCCAGUCCGGGGGAGCCGUCUCCUUCCCUCACCUCAUCCCGAGCAGCCGGAAUUCCGGAAUUCCCGAGAAUUCCCUCACCUCAUCCCAACUUCCACACCCUCCAAGCCGCUCCGGAGGGAAGGAAUUCCAUCCCACGGAUCCGUAAAAGAGCGGAAGAUCCCAACUGAUCCCAGCUUGGAAUUCUCUGUGCCGAUCCCGUAAAUCCGCAUUUCCCCGGAGUCGACACCAUGGAAUUCCACCCGGGAAAAGCGGGAAUCCUCUCCCUCCUGCUGGUGGCCGCGCUGAGCCGCCGGUCGCUGGAGAAAUCCCUUCCCGCGGAAUUCCGGGAGCAGGAGGAUCCCCGGGAAUCGCCGGGAUUGAUCCGGUGUGGGGAAUACAGCAACCAGGUGCUGCCGGACGGGCGGUGCCGCGUGGUGGCCACGCUGCCGCAGGGCGACGAGCGGCGCUGCCCCGACCUGUUCCGCUGCACCGACGAGGUCUCCUUCUGGCUCCACGAGAACGAGGAGCGCAAGCAGCAGAUCCUGGAGCUCCGGGAAUCCAUCGCCGAGCUCCAGGAGGAGCUACGGAACCACCGGCACCGCCUCAAAGCCCUGGAGAUCCAGCGGGAUGAGGAGGAGGGUCGGAACCGGAGCGUGAUCCGGCGGCUGCAGGAGCUGGAGCAGCAUUCCCGGGAAUCCGGCACGCUGGCGCACGUCCAGGCCGCGCUGCUCUACGAGCUCCAGGCCCAACUCAACAACGUCUCCUCCGCCAUGGCCGAGGGCGCCUGGAGGAGCCGCGGCUGCGCCCGCCCCGCGCAGCUCCGCCACCCAGAAAUCCAACAGGGCCGGAAUUGUCCCGUCGACUGCGCUUCCGUCUACUCCAACGGGCUCCGGAGAUCCGGGAUUUACAGCGUCGUGCCCUCGCUCCGCGGAAUUCCCAUCGAGGUCCUCUGCGAGAUGGACACCGAAGGGGGUGGCUGGACCGUCAUCCAGCGGCGCCAGGACGGAUCCGUGGAUUUCAACCGGACCUGGAACGAGUACAAGGAAGGAUUUGGGGACCUGAACGGGGAAUUCUGGCUGGGCAACGACAACAUCCACCAGAUGACGAGCCAGGGAGAUUAUUCCCUACGGAUCGACCUGGAGGAUUGGAAUAACAAACACAAACACGCCUUCUACCAGGUCUUCAGCAUCGAGGACGAGGAAAACUUCUACCGGCUGCACGUGGAGGGGUUCAGCGGCACGGUGGAGGAUUCCUUCGCCUGGUACCACGACAAGAGGAGCUUCAGCACUCCGGAUUCCGGGAAUAUCUGCGCCGAGAUUUCCCACGGAGGCUGGUGGUACCACCAGUGCUUCUUCUCCAACCUCAACGGCGUCUACUACAAGGGCGGCCGAUAUUCGGUGAAGAGCCGGAGGCUGCUGGGCCCGGACGGGAUCGUGUGGUACUCGUGGAAGGACACGGAUUACUAUUCCCUGCGGAAGGUGGCCAUGAUGAUCCGGCCCCGCGCCUUCCGGCCCCGCCUGUCCCCGUGACCCGCCGGGAUCUUCGGAUCCGCCCGGAAUCGCGCCGGGAAUCGGAUCCUGGAGCGCCGAGCCAGCGGGGUUUGGGAUUGGUGGGAAUGGAUCCCAGCGGAAUCCAUCCGGGAAUCGAUCCCGGUCCUCCAAUGUGGGAGAGCUCCGGGAAUGUGGAGGUGAUUCCCAGGAAGGGAAUGGAUCCAGCUGGGAUCCAUCGGGAAUCGAUCCCGGUCCUCCAAUGUGGGAGAUCUCCUGGGAAUGCCGAACUGAUUCCUGGGAA